CCUUCCCCCCGCCGGCCCCAGGGCUUCACGCCGUGCGGUGCCUGACCCGAUGCCUGCGGAGACCCCCGAGGAGAGCUUGAAGCGCCUCGGCGCAGGUCAUCGAACGGACUCCCGCAGGGUCUGCAAGACCUUCCAACCAAGGACUAAACGAGAGCGACGCCAGACUCAGAUUACUUCAGCGCUUUAACCCGCGGCACCGCAGCCAGCGUCUGAGGAGCGCCCGGGCCAGCAUGGGGCAUGGGUCCAUGUUGAGGCACUCUGUGCGUUGGGGCGACACACGGUCCCCAGCACCGAGCGCUCAAAGAAGGCACGAAGAGGGAGAUCACCUUCGAGACGGGUCGGGGCUGCGUCUGCGAGGGGGACGCCCCGAGGCUCCAUUGCCGCUCCCGCGCACCAUCGGUACAGGUCGAGUCCCGCGCAGGCGAGUAGCCCUGAGGGGUCCCACAGCCGUCAACCCCGGAUUUGUUUCUGGCGGCCCGGGAAUAGAUUGAACUUACAUCUUCCCUGGGCCCGACGCUGUGUGGUGCGGAGGGGCCAGGAGCGACAGGGACAGGAUGGUGCCACUUCCUCCUCUACCGGUGUGGAAGUCUGGUCCGGCACCGUCUGUAGUGAUGGCACAGAGGAACCGGGGCUGGUACAGAGUGCAGCCCUCCCGGCACCGAUGCUUUCAGCACCGGAGCGUGUGACUGCCCCCUUCGGCACCGGCACCGGCGCACCGAGGGAAACCGGCAGCCAUGCCACACCACUGCCAGCACUGGGAGCAGGCAGCUUCUGCAGCACUGCCGUGGUCCACAUCCGAGUGCUCCUCAGUCGCACAUGGAGUUGAUGACAUCUAGGGCAUCUUCAGACGGCUCCUCAAAGUGACGCUGGUCAAGGGCCCCCUCUGGGACCGGGGCAGGGAUGUGCAAAGGAAGGGGCUGCUGCCCUGCCGUCGCUGACUUCACUGCCGUUUGGAAAACUGCACCCCUAGGGAUGCUGCUGGAAAGCCCUUUGUGAGGGGUCAGGCCUGCCCGUCUCUUCCCGACGUGGGACCCUGGCGCCGAGCCCACGGCUCAGUUGUGGAGGACCCAAGAUGUCUGCGGGUCCGAGUCGGAAACCUGAGCCUGAGGACACACGCCCCUUGCAAGAGAGGAAGCUGCCCUUUGCCAGCACAGCAGUCGGGGCCUUCUGCCAAGAGCAGGCCAGGCUUGGGAACCCGGACUUGGACGACGCUUUCCUUCAGUGUUCCUUGAGAACACACCUGCCGCCCAGGGCAAGCAGCCACUGGCUGCCAGCGUGUCAGGACUGGACUCGGCUGCGCCGUGGUACAGGAUGCUCUGCACCGAGGAGCAGGCACCAGGAGGGCCGCAGCGAUGGAGCUGGCAGCAAGGGGCUGUGCCUACUCGCUGGCGAGGACCUACACAGGGACGCUCUCGCUGGAGCAUGCGGCCCGGCCAGACGCCUCCUCCGCGAACACCUCCUUGGACCCACACCUGCGGAGGCAGCUGGAACUGGCACCGUCCGUGAGGAGUGCCUCCGGGUCGGCAUGGGGUACGGGAUCCGCGCCAGACACUCCAUGGCGUCGGACCGUCAGUUGGCACCUUGGCACCAUUCCCAGUCCCUGGUGUGGACCGAGUGCUCGCAAGACGGCGUGGAAAGGGAGGUCGCCUUUGAGACAGAACCGGGGGGUUCAUCUGCUAGGGGGACACCCCAAGAGUUUCCCGGGCGAGUAGCCCCGAGGUUCAGGAUCUGUCAGUGGAAGAGAUCCCUUGGCCAUCGACCCCGGACACUUUCAUUGCGGGCCGGGAGUUGAUCGAACUCGCCUCCUCCCUGGGACUGGUACCUUGCGGAGAGGAGCUGCAAGGGACUUAGGUCGGGGCCGACAUUGUACGCGGCGCCACCUUCCUUACUACCGCUGAGGGACUCUCUACAGUUAUUCAAGCAUUUAAUCGGCAUCACAGAACAGCAGAAACCCACAGUAGACAAACUAUACCUUUAACAAGUUUUAUUGCAAGCAAUUCUGGAGCAGUUUUAAAAGUGUGUGUGUGUGUGUGUGUGUGUGUGUGUGUGUGUGUGUGUGUGUGUGUGUGUGAAAUCUAGUAAUUAAAAGAAAUAUUUAAAUGGAAUAAUUAACAGUUUAAACUCACACACACACACAUAUUCCACUUAGCCUCUGGGGCUGGCCAGACCCCAGGUAAUGUUGAAGUCCGACAUGCAUGUCACCCCAAUAUGCCGAAUGGAUGGACUUGGCUCUGUAGGGGAAAUUGGUGUGGUAUAUAACCCCUCGGGGGAGGGAAAAUCAGUCCAUAUGGAGUGAUAUCCAUUGCUUACACAGUCUGGGUUCGGGUGGGGUGAUGUCCGUAGGAAGAACUAGAGGACACCAAAUGAAAUUAAUGGGGAGCAGGUUUAAAACUAAUAAAAGAAAGUUCUUCUUCACACAGCAUGUAGUCAACC